GGCUGGCUCUAGUUGCUUGUGGAGAGACUCGACGAACAAGAGGAUGUGGUCGUGUUGUCGCACAAAUAGCCCAGGCUCAGGACACAAGAGAGAGUGGAGUGGAGGCCUUGUCCAAAUACAGACACACUGGGACACCUGUCGCCCCCUGAGCCUCAGGCGUAUUAACACAAGGAUCCCAAGUGUGACACGGAAGAGCCCAGGACAGGGUGCAAAUGAGUUUGCCCCCCGGCUGGAAGAGGCCCGCCGGGCGGGGAGCCUGGAGCCAGGCACCCUGAAGAAGCUGGUGAACCAGCUGGUGCCUGCCCAUCGCCGAGGGGACCCCUUCUUCGUGCCCGCGUUCCUGUCCACCUACAGGAGGUUCGCCACCACGCGGCAGGUGCUGGAUCUGCUGUUCCUCAGGUACAGGUUCUUCCACCCCGACUCUGAGGAGGACCAGCAAAACAAGAGCGCUCUGAGCUCCCUCCUGGAGACCUGGCUGCUCCAGUACCCAGGAGACUUUUGCCACUGCCCAGACCUGGCCAGCCUGAAGCAGCUGGUGGCCUAUGCACUCGUCAACCUGCCAGACUCGCAAAUCAUCCCACAAGUGUGCGGACUCCUGAGCCGACCCGGAGCCCACUAGGUGCGAAGGAUCUCCAGGCUGGUCGUCAGGCUGCAGGACAGCUCAGGACACUCCACCUUGCAGGAAGGACUCCAGCAUCCCGGCCCUCCCUCCUGCACCUGGAA